CAGGCUUCUUGUUAGUUACCUUCUCAAUUUACUUUUCGCCUUAAUAAUGGCCCUUGGAAUUCAAUUUUCUCAAAUGGGUUUUCUUCAAAUUUCAAGAACCCAACUCAAUUAUACGGUUUCAAUGAGAAAGCAGCAGAAAACAACAGUGUGUGGGUUGAGAAAUGGGCCAAGAAAACCCAUGUGGAGGUCAAGGGUAUUGUCAUCAGAGGCAAUGCAAGCUGUGCAGUCUCUGAAAUUAGCAGCAACAUCACCUCACAAAUUAGAAGAGAUGUUGGAAAACAAACUUAGUAGGCUAUUGAAGGCUGAUGUAUUAGACACCUUGACUGAGUUGCAAAGACAAAAUCAACUUCACUUGGCUCUCAAGGUGUUCAACUUUGUCAGGAACGAGGAGUGGUACAUACCAGAUAUAUCUGUGUUCAAUAGUAUGAUAAUGAUGCUGGGCAGAAACAAAUUCAUUGAAAUGGCUGAACAACUCCUUGUGCACAUUAUGAAAGAAGGCCUACAGCCAGAUAGCAGAACCUAUACUGAGCUGAUUGGGGCAUACUUUAGAGUAGAUCUCAUAGAGAAGGCAAUGGAAAUGUAUGAACUGAUGAAGAUAUCAGGACUUUUCCCAGAUAAGUUGACUAUGAGUAUUUUGAUAAGGAACCUUGAAAAGGCUGAAGAGAAAGAGCUUGUGGUAAGAGUAAAGAAAGAAUGCGCCAACUAUAUUGACUAUCCAGAGAAAUUUCUAAAAGAAAUUGAAAGUACCAAUUUCAAGCGCAGGUCACUCGACCUUGUCUGAAUUGUUGAAAUUAUCUACAACAGCUUACGGGUACUACCCUUCCCAUGUGGACCUUUUGUGGCAUUUGGUGACGUAUAAACCUAUUGGAAAGCAAGAGCAUGAUAGGCUAUUGUUGUUUAUCCGCAUGUACAUGGAGGCGUUUGUUAUCUUAAUGAGGACUGUAUUGUGGGUUAGGAGCAGCUGUCCAGGGAAGUGCACCCAUUGGGUGCUGAUCUAUUGUCAGUGAAGUUGAGCAAUAGGUGAUUGUAGCAUUUCCAACUCCUGUACAGAAAGCAUUUGUUUGUUUCAGCUAAUGUACCUUUUGGGGAGUUGCUUGGUAUGCUGACGAGAAAAUUGUAUGGUAGUACGAAUUGCAAGUAAUACAUAAGACAUGUGGAUCAUAUCUUGGAAUGUUUGAUUGCUCGUACUGAAGCACGAGAUAUAUGGAGUAUGUACAAUGUUAUUUCACAAAAGAAGCGCAAGUUGGCCACUUUUGGGGCGUGUGAUUGAAAAAUAACAGUAUUGUGAAGAAGAAAAUUAGCCACUUUUUGAUGCGAAUGUAAGAUACGGACAAAAGUACCUCAAAUUAAAAAAGUGGCGUGCUUCUUCAUCUA